GAUGGACGUUUUGCUUCUCGCUCGUUCGUCGGGCAUUCCUCCAGGAUUACGACAAAGUUAAUUCUCCGCGAGAAUCCUAAGUCUGUAAAAGUUUUUUUUUUUUGCAUACACACGCACGUGAACCGGCGUCAAUGAUACAGCGGGCGGGCGCGGGCAGUCGCCGCGCGACCUCUCUACGCUUAUCACGACGCACAACACUACACAAUUCAAUUAACCGAUCAACUAAAUCCAAUUCAAAUAAAGAACGACGCGUUAAUAUUUAGAAUUCGAAAAAGGAACGGAGUGUUUGUAGCGCUCAACCGUCGGCGCGGCCAUAUUUGCCGUUAAUAAAAUUUGUGCGUUUACGCUAAUUAUUUCACUAUAGUGUUUCUUUUUGUACUUACGGUACCGUUGUUGGUUUCCGCGAAUAUUCGAUGAUGUAAGUGGUGGAUCGGUGUGUGAUCGCUUUGUUCGUCGGAUCGACACCGGUGCUCUAACAGUGCGGCUCUAAGAAGAAACCGAAAGUGUAUUAGUGACACGCUAAAUACAGAAACCUUGCUGUAGUUUGGGUAUGUUUAUUCAUUCGCUGAUUAGAUAAGUGCGUUCUUAUGAUCUGUUGCUUCGUUUUUAAUAUACACGCGUACUGACCAGCAUGGUUAGCAUAUGUGGCCGAUCGCCAAAAUUUAUUAUUAAACCUGCCAGCAGGAAUUUUAAUUUUACACACAGUGCACGCCAUUCAGGGGUUAUUUUUGAUAUUCGCAUAUGACUUUGAACGACUGAGCCUGUAUUAUAUUGUUCCAACGAAAAUAAUUUGCAGCUGACAAGUGAUUUACUUUACGUCUGUUACGACGUUACGUCAUCCUGUAUAUCAAUGACAUGCUGUCUAUUGAUGGCAUGCAUUGCUAUGCAGAUGAUAGCACGGGGGAUGCGCGAUAUAUCGGCCAUCAGAGUCUCUCUCGGAGCGUGGUGCAAGAGAGACGAUCAAAACUUGUGUCUGAAGUGGAGAACUCUCUGGGGCGAGUCUCCAAAUGGGGUGAAUCGAACUUAGUUCAAUUCAACCCGUUGAAGACACAGGUUUGCGCGUUCACUGCGAAGAAGGACCCCUUUGUCAUGGCGCCGCAAUUCCAAGGAGUAUCCCUGCAACCUUCCGAGAGUAUCGGGAUACUUGGGGUCGACAUUUCGAGCGAUGUCCAGUUUCGGAGUCAUUUGGAAGGCAAAGCCAAGUUGGCGUCCAAAAUGCUGGGAGUCCUCAACAGAGCGAAGCGGUACUUCACGCCUGGACAAAGACUUUUGCUUUAUAAAGCACAAGUCCGGCCUCGCGUGGAGUACUGCUCCCAUCUCUGGGCCGGGGCUCCCAAAUACCAGCUUCUUCCAUUUGACUCCAUACAGAGGAGGGCCGUUCGGAUUGUCGAUAAUCCCAUUCUCUCGGAUCGUUUGGAGCCUCUGGGUCUGCGGAGGGACUUCGGUUCCCUCUGUAUUUUGUACCGUAUGUUCCAUGGGGAGUGCUCUGAGGAAUUGUUCGAGAUGAUACCAGCAUCUGGUUUUUACCAUCGCACCGCCCGCCACCGGAGUAGAGUUCAUCCAUACUACCUGGAGCCACUGCGGUCAUCCACAGUGCGUUUCCAGAGAUCUUUUUUGCCACGUACCAUCCGGCUAUGGAAUGAGCUCCCCUCCACGGUGUUUCCCGAGCGCUAUGACAUGUCCUUCUUCAAACGAGGCUUAUGGAGAGUAUUAAGCGGUAGGCAGCGGCUUGGCUCUGCCCCUGGCAUUGCUGAAGUCCAUGGGCGACGGUAACCACUCACCAUCAGGUGGGCCGUAUGAUCGUCUGCCUACAAAGGCAAUAAAAAAAAAGUAGAUAGUGGAAGUAAAAUUGAAUUUCAACUUACUACGAGUAUAUACAAGCGCAAUAUAGGGUCAAAUGGAGACAAUUUUUGAGGGCCCUAUGUACCCGCUGGGUAUCCUGGGACUACAACAACAGCAACAACAACAUAUAAACGUAAUUUGUGUUACUUACCGUUCACGUGGGCGUAAACGUUAAUGUUGACGUCAUACCUGACAUGUACACUCGACUUGUGCGACAUUAGCAUAAACGUGUACACUUCAAAAAGUAAUUUGACCUUGGUACGAGUUCUUUCACGCCUUCGGAUGUAGUCAUCACGAUUUUGCAAUGUUUAUCCUUUUAACCAAAGAUAAAGCGAUGUUUGUUUACACGAUACGUAACUGUGUUUUAUUUUAUAAGACGUGAUUUAUUUCAAUUCGAAAUCUGAUUCGAAAUUUGAUUCUUGAGAUU